AUGUCUGAAGAAAUUACUCACCCAACUAUUGUCGACGGAUGGUUCAGAGAAAUCUCUGAUACCAUGUGGCCAGGUCAAGCCAUGACCUUAAAGGUUGAAAAGGUCCUUCACCAUGAGAAAUCUAAAUAUCAAGAUGUUCUUAUCUUCAAAUCUACUGAUUACGGUAAUGUCUUGGUCUUAGACAAUGCCAUUCAAGUUACUGAACGUGACGAAUUCUCAUACCAAGAAAUGAUUGCUCAUUUAGCUUUAAACUCUCAUCCAAAUCCAAAGAAGGUUUUAGUCAUUGGUGGUGGUGAUGGAGGUGUUCUUAGAGAAAUUGUUAAGCAUGAAUCUGUUGAAGAAGCUAUUCUUUGUGACAUUGAUGAAGCUGUCAUUAGACUUUCUAAACAAUACUUGCCAAACAUGGCCGCUUCUUACAACCAUCCAAAGGUCAAGGUUCAUGUUGGUGAUGGUUUCCAGUUCUUAAGGGAUUAUCAAAACACUUUUGAUGUGAUUAUCACCGAUUCUUCAGAUCCGGAAGGUCCAGCUGAAAGUUUAUUCCAAAAACCAUAUUUCGAAUUAUUAAAUGAUGCUUUGACUGAAAGGGGUGUAAUUACUACUCAAGGUGAAAGUUUUUGGUGCCAUUUACCUAUUAUUAAGAAAGUCAAACAAAGUUGUCGUGAAGUGUUCCCAGUCGUUGAAUAUGCUUGGACUUCUAUUCCAACUUAUCCAAGUGGUAUGAUUGGUUUCAUGGUUUGUUGUAAGGACAAGAAUGCUAAUGUCAAGAAACCAUUACGUUCUAUUCCACCAGAAGAAGAAGAAAAACAAUACAAAUAUUACAGCAAAGCCAUUCAUGAGGCUUCUUUUGUUCUUCCAACUUGGGUUGCUAAAGAAUUAAAAUAA